GAGGUGGACGUCGCGGAUGAUGAGGAGGAUAGAGGAGGAAAAUGUGGAAGAGGAUAGGACGUGCGAUGGCAGCACAGCGAGAAAGCAAGUGACCGAAGCGGAGCUCUCCAGGUGAAAGCGGCAGCCGGUCGAACGAUGAAGCGGCCGUUAGGAGAGGCGACGGCAAUUCCGUAGUCUCUCGUCAGGCGAGGCAUCGCGCGGUCGCGCUCACACCCAAACCCGCGGAGUCAGCCGCAGGCCUUGCCGAGGAGGAAGGAAGUCAAUAGCCGCGCGAGAGGGUCCAGGUCUAAUGAGGGUCUCGCUGAGAUGAGCGAGGAGUGUGCGGGUGUACGUCAAUGUGCCUCCUCAUUACCAUGCGCUGCCUCGUCCUCGGGAUGCUCGCGAGCGUCCUCCUCGUCGUUGGGGCACGCGACCACAGCGACGGGGAGGAGGGCUCGCGGGUGGCGGGCUUCCUGGGGAAGCUGGCACGGCUCGAGGGAGCCAGCCGCGAGAGGAUGGCACGGGCACGGAGAUUCAGCAGCCACGAGCAGGGCCUGAUGCUGGUGGAGGCCCUCGGCAAGAGGCAAAACCUCAGCGUCGCUCUCAACGAUCACCGAGGCCAUCACUCCUCGCAAGAGCAUCUCCAUAACGGGAUCAUGGAGAUGCUCGGACGAAUGAUUCCGCAGACCUGCAAGUACAAGGGCGCGAAAUUCGAAUGUGGACUGAGCAUCAGCUGCGUAUUGGGAGGCGGACGACCCGUUGACCUUUGCUCCGGUGGUAUGAUUUGGAGUUGUUGCGUCGACGACGACGAUAUACCGGACAAGAUUCAAAAGCCAAGUGUUGGCGUCCUGCAGAAUGCCACCUUCAAUCUGGGCCUGGGCCAACAGCGUCCCGUCUACCUGGACGACGAUGUCAGUGUGUACGGUACCGGGGACGCGCGACCUCCGCAUGGACCCGCUUACGCCUCGAGCUCGCACUAUCAGCUGGCGACGCAGCGACCUUCCAACUUCCCGGUCAGCAAACCCCAGCCCUCGGACUACCCGGUUGACGACUACGGCGAGGUGAACGCCAUCGAGCCACUACAGCUCCAACCCACGAACACCAGAUACCGUGGUUGCGGUGAAUUAUACACGAGAAGUAAUAGAAUAGUUGGUGGCCACAGUUCAAGUUUCGGUAGUCAUCCUUGGCAGGCAGCCAUCAUCAAGUCGGGAUUCUUGUCGAAGAAGCUCUCGUGCGGCGGUGCCUUGCUGAACAAUCGCUGGGUCGUUACAGCGGCCCACUGCGUUGCCACGACACCGAACAAUAAUCUUAAAGUUAGACUGGGCGAAUGGGAUGUUAGAGAUUCUUCUGAGCGACUGCUGCACGAGGAAUUCGCUAUUGAAAGGAAAGAGGUCCAUCCGCAGUAUUCGCCGACGGAUUUUCGCAAUGACGUGGCACUGGUUAAGCUGUCGAGGGUCGUCGCAUUUAAGCAGCAUAUAGUACCGGUUUGCUUACCGGCAAGGAGUCUUAAGCUGCAAGGACGUACAGCGACGGUGGCUGGCUGGGGCCGAACAAGGCAUGGACAGACAUCCGCGCCAACGGUCCUCCAAGAGGUUGACGUUGAGGUCAUUCCUAAUGAACGAUGUCAGCGGUGGUUUAGGGCGGCAGGACGUCGUGAGACGAUACACGAUGUUUUCCUUUGCGCCGGUUACAAGGAAGGCGGACGUGAUUCAUGUCAGGGGGACUCGGGAGGUCCACUUACCAUGUCCGUUGAGGGUAGGCAUGUUUUAAUUGGCCUCGUCUCCUGGGGCAUCGGCUGUGGUCGAGAGCAUCUGCCCGGUGUUUACACCAACAUCCAGAAAUUUGUCCCGUGGAUAGAUAAGGUCAUGAGUUAGGGAAAUAAAAUGGCCAAGAUAGAUGAUGGAAACAUUUUUUUAACAAUCUGAAAUCUAUUUUUGGCGAUGAUUUGACGUGGCGUAAGGAAAAUACUAGAGAUACGAUGUUCCAAUUGCAGUGG